AUGCUGAACCUCAAUAGGAUGAUCAACGAUUCAAAGAGUCAGCAUUUCAUCGCAUGGACUGAACUUGGAACAAGUUUCGUCGUCUCCAAUGUAGGCGAAUUCAGCAGAAGCAUCCUUGGCUCGCAUUUCAAGCACAACAACUUCUCAAGCUUCGUUCGCCAACUCAACAUGUACGGCUUUCACAAAAUCAACAGAACCCCACGCGCCCAACGCACAUCAACCACAUCCCAAACAUGGGAAUUCAGCCACCCUAAAUUCCUCCGCGCCCGCCCAGAUCUCUUGGACGCCAUCAAACGUAAAGCACUUGAACCAGAUCCUCGUGAACGUGGGCGGUAA